AGUGUCAAGGUCACAGAGCGAGCUGGACAGAGUCGGAACCAUACCUGGAAUGAAAUCAUUAUUAUUACUGCUGGCGAUCACAGUCCAAGUGUGGACACAAGUUCCCAAAGGAUGUAGGUCUAAGCUUGAUAUCGUGAUCCUGCUGGACGCCUCCUACAGCGAAGGGCAGGUAAACUUCAACAAACUAUUGCAAUUUGUGGAGAAUUUUGUUAACCAAUUCAAUAUAGGACCCGACUCUACCCAGAUCAGCGUAGUCCCGUUUGCCACGUCAGUAUACAACGCCUUCUCCUUAAAUACACACUCAACCAAAUCAAGUCUGAUCAGCGCCAUUCGAAACAUACCUUACAAACCGGGGACAACGUACAUAGACAAGGCUCUCACGUAUGUGGAAACUUCCUCAUUCUUGCCUCGAAAUGGAGGAAGAUCUGAUGCCGAAAAAUUAGUUUUCCUUUUGACAUAUGGCCAUUGGUCCAAUCAAGCUAAAACCACAUCCGAAGCCCAACGAUUGCACUUUUCUGGUGUUGAGGUUUUUGCUGUUGGUAUUGGUAGAUAUGUUUCUAAUUUUGAGCUAGAAUCCAUUGCUAGCGAUUAUACCAAUGUGUUCCAAGUACAGACUUUCGAUGAGCUGGACACCAUCCAAAGUCAACUGACCAACGCGGCAUGUCAACAGGCGGCCUUACAUUGUCAAUCAACAGUUGCAGACAUUGUGUUUGCCUUAGACUCUUCUUCCAGUUUUUCAACCAUAGACUAUUCCAAACAGUUGCUUUUCAUCAAACACCUUAUAAGACAAUACGACGUGGGAUCAAAUGAAACCCAAUUUAGUGUAGUGUCUUUUGACUCAAGAGUCCAUGUGGAAUUCCCAUUGAAUAGCUAUAAAUCGAAAACACAAGUUCUUGGGGCCAUUUCUAAUAUCACGUAUCAUUAUGCCUAUGGAUCGACAAACGCUAGUGAGGCUCUAAAAUACAUCGCCAGCAACAGCUUUACGUCCACCAAUGGCGGUCGAGCAGGAGUAGAACGCUGGGUUAUUGUUAUCACAGACGGAACAUAUUCAUAUUCACCAGCUCCCGCAACAUCCGCAACAUCGGCCGCAACAGAUAAACUUCAUAAAAUGGGGGUUGGGGUCAUUUCCAUUGGCGUAGGAAGCCGAAGCAACAUGGAGGAGUUGCAAGCUUUGGCUACUGACCCACAUCAUGUUUUUAAAUUGGACACUUACGAUGAUCUUUUCUCAGUGAUGACAAACAUAGAAUCAAGAACUUGUGAUUUUAAUGCUUGCCAUGGUAAUAAGGCAGAUAUUGUGUUUCUUCUGGAUUCCUCUGCUAGUGAAGGAAGCGACAAUUUUAAUUACCAACUUCAGUUUCUUCAAAACUUAACUUUAAAGUUUGACAUCGGACCUGAAGCUCUUCAGAUCGCUCUGGCAACAUUUUCCACCAAACCAUAUGGUCAUUUUUGGCUUGAUACAUACCAAAAUAAAACAGAUCUUAUGAAUGCCAUCGGCAACAUCCCAUACAUUCCUGGAAGCACAUACACCGACCUUGGUCUAAAGUUUGCGCUGAAUGAAAGUUUCAGUUCUGCCAAUGGAGCUCGAGAUGAAAGCAUACCUAAGAUAUUGGUAGUAUUAACAGACGGACAAUCUACCGAUCCAAUGGCGACAGCUUUAAUGGCUGACCGUCUGCACCAACAGGAUAUCAGGGUCAUCACCAUAGGAAUCGGACAGCGCGUGCGCAGAUCUGAGCUGACUGUUAUUGCAACAGACAAAUACCACGUGUUCACUGUUAGUGAUUUUAAAUCCCUCGCAUCCGUUCAAAAGGAUUUACAAAUUGAAAUCUGUAGAAAUGAAGAACCAAGUACAGAGUGCGGCGAUAAGGAAGCGGACAUUGUUUUCAUUCUGGACGAUUCCGGAACUGAGGGUGCCAGCAAUUUCAAGAAGGAAUUAAACUUCACCGCUGAUUUCAUGAAAGGAUUUCAAAUUGGAAAACAGCAUGUUCAAUUUGGUCUGGUGACAUAUUCGAGUUACGCAAGAAACCAGUUUUAUUUCAACACAUACCAUGACUUGCAGUCCAUUUUACACAAACUAGAUACUAUUACUUACAUUGGUGGAACCACACGUACAGAAUAUGGUCUUUCAAGUGCCAGGUACCAAUUUCAAUCAUAUCAUGGAGCAAGACUUCACGCUCAGAAAAUCGUCAUCAUCCUGAGGAAUGGGAUGUCUUAUUCCACUACUAGGACGAUUGAGAAGGCUAACGAAAUGAAAGCUCUUGGUGUAAAAGUGAUUUCGGUUGGUAUUGGUAAAAACGUCAGUCAUAUGGAAUUAAAUGGAAUUGCCACCGACUUACAACAUGCGUUCACUGCUGCAGACUUUGAUGCUCUUCCGUCUCUGCUAUUCAAGAUUAAAUCUGCUGCAUGUUCUGUUCCUAAUCCCCGUGUUAUUGACCAAGAGUGUGGAGAACGAGAUAUUGUUUUCUUUCUCGACUCUUCAAGGAGCAAGAGAAAAAUCAACUUCAAUAAGAUGCUCACAUUCGUUCAGAACUUCACCAAAAAGUUUGAUAUUGGCCCACAGAAUGUUCAGGUUGGAGUGGUUACAUUUUCUACCUCUGUGCACGAAAGAAUCAAGCUUGACCAAUACAGUGAUAAAACAGCCUUACUAGCGGCGAUCUCUGGGAUUUAUUACGAUGGAGGAGGACUAUACACAGACAAGGCUUUACAGUACGCCAGAACACAGGCCUUCCUGCCUUCCCACGGUGGUAGACCUAACGCCAGCAGGAUCGUGGUCGUCAUGACGGAUGGGCUUUCAUUCACUCAUGCGAAAACUCUACAAGAAGCUGCAGCCUUGAAAUCCCAACCGAAUAUGAAGGUGAUUGCCAUUGGCAUUGGACCUAGCGUCAACCAACAAGAAAUAAACAGCAUAGGCAGUGAUUCUCAGCACGUUUUCUAUGUUCCUAACUUUGACGUUUUGAACAAGCUUAACUCGGAGCUUGAGUUCACUUCGUGUCAGACAUGUGGUUUCAUUCAGACAGCUGACAUCAUCUUUGCACUGGAUUCCUCCAGUAGAAUAGGACUGAUCAACCUACAGAAGGAGAUGGACUUCGUGCAGUCGUUUGUGAGAGAUCUUCCAGUAGGUCCUCACAACGUACAGUUCAGCGUUGUCUCAUUUGGCUCAGUCGUUCAAAAUAUAUUCUACCUGAACCAGUACUCACAAAAGAGACCCAUUUUAGAUGCAGUUCAACAGACGGACUUUGUCGGGGGUUCGACUCAGACAUCAAAAGUGUUGAAGUAUAUCAGGGAGCACAAUAUUCUUCCGGUGAAUGGGGCGCGUUCGAACUCUUCACUUCUUGUUGUUGUUCUCGCAGAAAGCACGUCAACAAACAAAAGCGCCACAUUGAUGGAAGCUAAUUUGCUAAAGGCCUAUGGGGCAACUGUUGUCGCAAUUGGAAUUGGGUCGAAUGUUGAUAAUACCGAACUUAAUUCUAUUGCUUCAGAUCCUAACCAUGUUUUCAAAGCUCAAAAUUUUGACACGUUGCAGAAUAUCAAAGAAGAUAUUAAAAAGGUUGCCUGUGAGAGUGUUAAUUUAGAUGUUAAUUCUACAAUGCCGACAGUGCAAGAUGUUACAAGAAAGAGGGUUUUAACCAUUGACGAUUAG